AUGACCAAAUUUUAUCUUCAAUACAAGAACAACUCUCCAGUGCUUAUCGAUACAGCCCACGGAAGAGGACCACAAGGAACUCUACCUCUGAUUACUGUUUCUCAUUUGAUUUCAGCUUACAAGACUGUCACCACUCCCCUCCUUGACGCUAUUCCUGUUGACGAACUCACUCUUCAUUUUGAGGUGAGAGUAACCAAUUAUCAAAUUGACGAUGUUGAUAAUAUCAAACUGUUUUUUGCUGUUUCUGGUGCAGGAAAAACAAGGAUGUUUCUAGAGUUGCUUUAUUCAAACUUUGGGUACUACUUUGCUUGCAAGAGCUCUCAAGAUGACUUUGGUUCUACUGACAUGUAUGAAUGCCUGGUGUAUUGCGAGAGUAACUAUCAGCCUGAACUCACUGAACAUGCUAUCCAACUGUUGUAUUUCGUUCGGGUUUCUGUUUGCAAUUACUUGAUAAGCAAGGGAUUCAAGGAACCUUGGCAAAUUCUUCUGGCUCAACUCCAUCCUAUCGCAUUCUUUGGAGUUGACUUGUUUGAGCGUCUUUUUACGACCCUUGUAAAAGAACCUGGACUUGCCCCAACUGCCAUUACAAACCCAUUUCCUUUUAUUGCCAUUGAUGGAGUCCGAAAUCUUGCAGGAGGUUGUCGUUUUCAUUUUCAACCAGAAAGUAGAAACUUUCGUCCCUUUUUCACUCCAUUUGUAUACCAUUCCAAAAUGAUGGGAGUAUUUCCUCAUUGCCUACUGUCUGCCACCAGUAUUGACUUUGAACUCAUCAAAGAGCUAGUGGAGUUCAGUGCUAUGAAGGAUGAUCAAAUCACAUAUUAUGUAGUUGUAUCAGAUUUCCAUUCUCUGACAAAACUCGAGGUCGAACAGUAUGCUAGACAAUUUUUACAAGACCAUCAAGUCAAUCAAGUGGAUGCUAUUGUAUCAAGAAUUUCAGACUUUGAAUUAUGUCAUGGAAGACCAUGUUUCAUAUCGUAUAUUCUGGGCACAUAUAUGAAAUCAAAUGAUAUUGACGCUGCAAUUAGCAAAUUUAUCACUGGGAUAUCUAAUGUUGAUGACCAGAUUUUCCCGCUUAGAUUCUUGAAAAAUGACCUUGAUGGAGGCAUUCGUUCAUUUGACAGACCCAUUUGCGACGCAUUUAUUGAUGCCAUCUGGAAGGGAAAAAUGCAACUUAAAGUAACUGGAAAUGACGCUGCUACUGCAAUACGUUACGGUUUGGGAUUUGUUCAGACUGUCGAUGGAACUAUAUCUUCCAUUGAAAUUCAAGAGUUGGCUGUAAUCGAGUGUCUUUGCUACUUUUUGCCCUUUGCACACACUGUCAAAAGUUUAUACCAAAGAAUUGGCUUGUAUCCUAACCCUAACCCUCAAACGGUUGGCUAUUUGGUGGAAUACUUGGUUGCGUUUGCUUUAGUAGCCAACUAUUCUGGUUCUGAUGCUGCCAAUAGUAUCAAGGCAUCCCGAGAUUCUGCAUCCAGCUAUUUACUAUUUGGUGAUUCAGAUCAAGUAUACUUUCCCAAUCAUAUGUGUGGACCAGAUAUCAUCUACAAGUGUGCCAAUACAAAGACUGUAUACAUUGUCCAAAUCAAACUUGUCAAGAAAAUGUCAAAACAACAAGCUGCAAACGCUUACAAUACUACAGUUCCUGAACGCUUUUAUUGCAAACGUAAUGGCGGUGGAGUGUUGAAAGGGUUUGAAGAAAAACGAACUCACCUUCUUAGCACUUUGUCGAAACUACACAAAUCAGGCUACUCAUUGCAACAGACUCUGGUUAUUCAUACUGCUGAAAAGAACUCCGUUGACGCUCAAGAUAUGGAAAUCAUCAAUAGUCAAAACUCGCCUCAGUUUUUUGACAAAAUUGGCAACGGUGUUUGGGAUUUUUUAAAUUCAGUUGGAAAUAACCUUCAAUAA